UCUGGUGGGAUACAAAGAACUGUAUCAACUUCGGGAGUCAUUAGCUCAACAAACAAACUGUACUGCAACUACUGAGCGUUUGGAGGAAUCUUCGACGCCGUGAAAUACUUGUUAAAACUCGUCUGCUCCCAGGUAUGAACGAUAAGUUAAAGCUGGAUACUUUGCUGGAGGAUGGACUGCAAUCAGAGUUAAUGCUCCAGCUGCAUCUUAAGGCUCUUAGAGAGACCCUGAAACAGCAGCUGCAGGAGACAGAAAGGAUACAGACGGAGGAGCUGGAAAAGAGGAUUCAGCAGAACGCUCACCUGUCAGCUGAUUCAAGUAAAAACACUUCUGGAAAUAAAAAAAACCCGACAGAGAUGACAAGAUCUUCUUCAGAAAUCCUAAACACUUCCCACAAACCCCUACAAUCAGAGAGGCCCGACACCUCAUCCUCUCCAGCCUGGUUAUCUUUAACAGAUGGGAAGCGUUGUUCUGUCAGGACUCAAGCGUGUGAGCCGUUUCCUUUAGCUAAAACUUCACAGCUGAUCAAAGAGGAGGAAGCCGAGGCUGAGUGUCAGAAGAAGUUCUCUGCUCUUCCUGUCCCCAGCCACAUCAUUCAGCCCAUCUACCAGGACAUGAUGGAGCACAGAGAAAAGGAGAGGAAGGAGGCCCACGAACAGAGGAAGCAGUUCUUGCUUUCCAUUCAGAAGCCUUUCAGCUUCCUGCAGAGAGAAAAGGAGAAAAGGGAGAAACUGAUUGCAAGGUUAAACCAAGUCGAGCAAGAUAUGAAAAACAGUGUUCGAGUUAGAAAACCAUCUCAGAAAGAAAUAAAAGACUCCCCAGACUCUGAGACAAAAGACCAGGAGGAAGUCUGCAGAAAAGUCCACUCUCAGGCGACUGCGAGGGAGGAGAAUCCUACUCGGAAUGGCCCGAAACUUCGCACAGCAGAGCGCACAAGGAAAGAAAAGCUGAGAUUUUUGGAUGAGAAGCCUAGUUUCCAUCCAAAAAUCAUCCACGAGGUCCCUGAUUUCAGCAUGUUGCACAAGGCCUUGCAGACAGAGACGCUGAAGAAAAUGCAGGUUAAAGAUGUGACAAAGUGUCAGCCGUUUGUCCUGAGAACUUCAUCUCGCCCACCAAGGCAAAGCAGGACGAGUCCGGUACACUCGCAGGCACCAAAAAUGAGUAAUCUCAGUAGAAGCAAGUCACUCGGGGCUUUAACGUUAAUAUCCACUGACACACUGCCCACAUACAUCACGGACGCUGUGAGGAAGCGCUCUAUGGCCAUCAGAACGUCAAUGGAGAUGAGGGAUAGUAAGAAUCAAGAGAGUGUGAACUGGUUGAGGAACUACCAAAUGAGAUGCCAAGCAAUGAAGAAGACAGUAACCCUCCAUGCAAAGUUACUGGACCCACGCAGCAGCUUGAAAGACGUGUAUGACGAGAAACUACAGAACCAUCGGGAGGCUGAUCAACAAAGAAUGAGGGAUUACAUGAGAGAAUUACGGGAAAUGAAGGCCAGAGUUAGUGAACGCCCUUAUCUGUUUGAACAGGUGAAACAGAGAAAUGCGAAAGCUCACGCAGAGCAGACAUACAGAAGCAAACUGAAGAAAGCCGGGCUAAAGGAGCAGUUCGUUGAAGAAAAUGGAGAAGCGCUCAUAUCCGAGGAUGACCGCAGCGCUGAAGACGACAUUCGAAGCAGGGAAGAAAAUGGAGGAGACGGGGAGAAAAUUGAAGAUGUGGGAGAGAAGAGCGUGAAGUCCAAAGGGGAAGAAAUGCCAUGAUCAAAAAGGUUCAGGCGGCACAGAGUUUUGUGGCCUCUCCACUAGAAAACAACAGUCCUCAAAAAUGAUUCAUGUCACUGCUGACUGUCCGCACCAAAUGUUUGAUAGUUUAAGAUGAGCGGCUAUAAAUCACGAAAUCGCAAAACAUCUGGAAUUUGCAAUCACAAAUGGAAGGAGAUAAAACUUUAUAAAAAUGUACAUAAGUGAUUGCUGUUGGUUUUACAACACUUUCCCCAAGGAAUAUGUAAUCUGUAGUUUUGAAGAUGAUGAGCAUGUUGUUGCCAGAAUAAAUGGUUCAAAAAUACACUGAGAACACCAGUUGAGCCCAG